AUGAGAGCGAUUCAAACUCAUGUGAAAACCUUGUGCAUGCUAGUCAUCAUCGUAACAUCAUAUUCAACAAGAGCCCAAAAGAGUCCUCAUGUGCGAAACAACCAUGAGCUUUCUAUCGCUAUCGAAGAAAUGGAGAAAGCUAACUACUUCUCUUUUGUGAUGCUCAUUAACAUGUUACAAGCCGUAAACCCUCGAUUCUUAGCCAACGUCACAUUCUUGAUGCCAAAGGACAAAACACUUUCCGGAUCAAACAUUGUUCAACAAGAUUCGGUUUCCGAGUUCUUGCUUCGCCACUCGAUCCCUUCUCCUCUUCUUUUCGAGCACCUCAACCUCAUCCCGAACGGCUCCAUGGUUCCUUCCUCUUUACCGCAUUACUCCCUCGAGAUCUCCAACGGUGGGAGAUCAAACUACUUUCUCAACAAUGUCAAGAUUAUAAGCCGCGACAUUUGUAGCUUAGGCUCUAUCAAAUGUCAUGGAAUCGACGGCAUACUGCAAUCUCCAAGUAGCAUCGAUGAUGAUUCUCAACGAAAUAAUCAUACUUCACCCGUCAUUUCUUGUCCUAGCAGUCACAACAGUAGUGACCACAACAGUCAUAACAAUACAGAUCACAAUAAUGAUCACAAUAGCACUCGUCCUGAUUAUACACUUACCGCUCCUCCUCCAGCCAGCAGUACGACUCCCCUACCAAAAUCAGAUUCUCCUAGCAUCCAAAUCUGGAAUUUACUCGUUAUUUUUAUUCCCGGGUUAUUAUUUGGUGUGAUCGGCAUGUGA